AUUCUGUGUUCUGUGCUUUCCUUCGUGGGCACUUUUUGAUAAAAGUAUGUUGGUGAUUGUGAUGUUCAGCUGCAUUUUCAUUUCAGCCCAACCCCAUAUAAUCGGUCAGACGAUUAAUUAUGUGCCGUGCGGUCGAAGACUUUAAAAUGGCUUUAAUUUAAGUCGCAGUAUUCCUAAUUUUUCUUCAUCCCACCAGUCCCGUGCCUUUGCGAUAAUCUCUGCUCCAACUCAAUUCGUUCAUUCGUUUUAGAUCCUCAAUUUUUUGAGUCUUGUCAGUUACGUUGAAACUUCGAUAAACACAGUAGUCUAGCUCACGCCCUCAGUGUUUAUUUCAGUAUUAUAAAGUUGAGGCAGCAUCCUCAAAUGUCUAACUUAGCAGUAAUGUCAACUCACGACUCCAAUCCUAAUGCCUCCUCCAAGAGUGACUUAUCCCAUGUAUCUGAUGGCCCUGUCACAGAUCCUGGUUCUUCCAACAAGAUUGGUGAUGGAGAUGCUGCUUUCAAGGGGCAAAUAAAAGUAAACAACAAAUCAGCCGGUGUUUUGAAAAAAACCAAUCGGUAUCGUAGCCGAUCUUUAUCAGCUUCCUCAACUGACUCAUACAGCUCAGCCUCUUACACAGAAAGCAGCUCCGAGGAGGAAGAUAUCCCACCGCGUGAAAAAGAACAGAAGAACUCUGAUGGCUUCUCAGAUUUUUGUGUCCGAAAUAUCAAUCAGCAUAAAUUUGGAAGGCGGGAGAUCGAGAUUGCAGAGCAAGAAAUGCCAGGCAUCAUGGCUCUCAGGAAACGAGCAGGAGAUGACAAGCCUUUGAAAGGUGCAAAGAUCAUAGGAUGCACUCAUAUUAACGCUCAGACUUCGGUUUUGAUUGAAACUUUGAUUGUGCUUGGUGCUCAAGUUCGAUGGUCUGCAUGCAACAUCUAUUCCACGCAGAAUGAAGUUGCAGCUGCUCUUGCUGAAGCAGGUGUGCCUAUCUUUGCUUGGAGAGGUGAGACGGAGGAGGAUUUUUGGUGGUGUAUCGACAGGUGUCUAAGUGCCCAUAACUGGCAGCCAAACAUGGUUUUAGAUGACGGUGGGGAUGGAACCCAUUUGAUGCUGAAGAAGUAUCCUGCAUUAUUUAAGUCAAUUAAAGGGAUUGUAGAAGAAAGUGCCACUGGUGUUCAUCGCUUGUACCAGCUUUCAAAAGCUGGUAAGCUUACUGUUCCUGCCAUGAACGUCAAUGACUCAGUUACUAAAACCAAAUUCGACAACCUUUACUGUUGUCGGGAAUCAAUUAUCGAUAGCUUGAAGAGGUCUACUGAUGUCAUGUUUGGUGGGAAGCAGGUGGUUCUUUGUGGCUAUGGAGAAGUUGGUAAGGGAUGCUGUCAGUCUCUUAAAGGUCUUGGGUGUGUUGUUUACAUCACGGAAAUCGAUCCAAUUUGUGCCCUCCAAGCAUGUAUGGAUGGUUUCCGAGUUGUCAAAUUAAAUGAAGUGAUACGUAAUGUUGAUAUUGUUGUGACUGCAACAGGCAAUAAGAAUGUAGUUACCAGGGAACAUAUGGAUAAAAUGAAGAAUGGUUGUGUUGUAUGUAAUAUGGGACAUUCCAAUACAGAAAUAGAUGUUAAUAGUCUGCGAACGCCAGACUUGACAUGGGAGAAAGUUCGAUCGCAAGUCGAUCAUGUUAUUUGGCCUGAUGGAAAAAGGAUAAUCCUUUUAGCUGAAGGUCGUUUAGUUAAUCUUAGUUGCUCCAGUUUGCCUUCCUUUGUUGUAUCCAUAACCGCAGCAACGCAAGCUCUUGCAUUAAUCGAAUUAUUUAAUGCCCCACAGGGUAGAUAUAAGUCAGAUGUGUAUUUAUUGCCAAAAAAAAUGGAUGAAUAUGUUGCCAGUUUACAUUUGCCUACGUUCGAUGCUCAUUUAACUGAACUGUCUGAUGAUCAGGCAAAGUACAUGGGCCUGAAUAAAGCAGGACCUUUCAAACCAAACUAUUAUAGGUAUUAAACGAUGAGCAAUCGUCUGCUUCACAUAGUAUUGUUAAAAUGCCUCUUUUUAGAAAGUAUUUUAUGAAAUUAUAUUUUAUCAUUCACUUGUUCCAUUUUAUUUCUAAUUUAAGAAAAAUACAUUUACAACAUUUUUUAAAGUUA